GGGGGAGUCAGUCGAGGCGGCGGGAGCUCGGCGGAGGGCGGGCCAGGUGACUGGUCCGGGCCAUGCCGAGGAAGAAGCCUUUCAGCGUGAAGCAGAAGAAAAAGCAGUUGCAGGACAAGCGGGAGCGGAAGAGAGGGCUUCAAGAUGGGCUGCGAUCCAGUUCCAACAGCCGCAGCGGGAGCCGAGAGCGGCGGGAGGAGCAGACCGACACCUCGGACGGGGAGUCUGUGACCCAUCACAUCCGCAGGCUCAACCAGCAACCUUCCCAAGGGCUGGGCCCGCGAGGCUAUGACCCAAAUCGAUACCGGCUGCAUUUUGAGCGAGACAGCCGGGAGGAAGUGGAGAGGAGAAAGAGAGCUGCCCGGGAGCAAGUGCUACAGCCCGUCAGUGCUGAGCUGCUGGAGCUGGACAUCCGGGAGGUCUACCAGCCCGGCUCUGUCCUGGACUUUCCCCGACGUCCUCCUUGGAGCUAUGAGAUGUCUAAGGAGCAACUGAUGAGCCAGGAGGAACGGAGCUUCCAGGAGUAUCUUGGGAAGAUUCAUGGGGCUUACACCUCUGAGAAACUCAGCUACUUUGAGCACAAUCUGGAGACAUGGAGGCAGCUGUGGCGAGUGUUAGAGAUGUCUGAUAUUGUUCUGCUGAUUACUGAUAUCCGACAUCCAGUUGUGAAUUUCCCACCAGCACUUUACGAGUACGUGACUGGAGAGCUUGGGCUGGCCCUGGUGCUUGUCCUGAACAAGGUGGAUCUGGCCCCGCCAGCUCUCGUGGUUGCCUGGAAGCAUUAUUUCCAUCAACACUAUCCCCAGCUCCACAUUGUUCUUUUCACCUCUUUCCCUCGGGAUCCCCGCACCCCACAGGACCCUAGCAGUGUCUUGAAGAAGAGUCGGAGGCGGGGAAGAGGAUGGACUCGGGCUCUGGGGCCAGAGCAGCUGCUAAGAGCCUGUGAAGCCAUCACUGCGGGGAAAGUGGACCUGAGCAGCUGGCGGGAGAAGAUUGCCCGGGAUGUGGCCGGGGCCACCUGGGGUAGCGGCUCCGGGGAGGAGGAGGAGGAGGAGGACGGGCCGGCCGUCUUGGUGGAGCAGCAGACUGACUCUGCGAUGGAGCCGACGGGCCCUGCACGGGAGCGCUACAAGGACGGGGUGGCGACCAUUGGCUGCGUGGGUUUCCCCAAUGUGGGCAAGUCCUCGCUGAUCAACGGGCUGGUAGGCCGGAAGGUUGUGAGUGUCUCCAGAACUCCGGGCCACACACGAUACUUUCAGACCUACUUUCUCACUCCCUCCGUGAAGCUCUGUGACUGUCCCGGCCUCAUAUUCCCCUCACUUCUGCCCAGGCAGUUGCAGGUCCUGGCAGGGAUCUACCCUAUCGCCCAGAUCCAGGAGCCGUACACCGCUGUGGGCUACCUGGCCUCCCGCAUCCCCGUGCAGGCUCUGCUCCAUCUGCGCCACCCAGAGGCUGAGGACCCCUCUGCAGAGCACCCCUGGUGUGCCUGGGACAUCUGUGAAGCCUGGGCAGAGAAACGUGGUUACAAGACAGCAAAGGCCGCCCGAAACGAUGUGUACAGAGCAGCCAACAGCCUCCUGCGGCUGGCACUGGACGGCCGCCUCAGCCUGUGUUUUCACCCCCCGGGCUACAAUGAGCAGAAAGGCACCUGGGAGUCCCAUCCAGAGACCAUGGAGCUGGUGGUUUUGCAGGGCAGGGUGGGGCCAGCGGGUGACGAGGAGGAGGAGGAAGAGGAAGAGCUGAGCAGCUCCUGUGAGGAGGAGGGAGAGGAGGACCGGGAUGCGGAUGAGGAGGGGGAAGGGGAUGAGGACACCCCAACCUCGGCUCCAGGGUCCAGCCUGGCCGCCCGAAACCCUUAUGCCCUGCUGGGCGAGGACGAGUGCUGAGUCCCUGCCCUACUCCAUCUCCCCACCUCCCCAAUAUCUUUGCUUUUGGACUGACCCGGGGGUCUCUCCCGUCUGCCGCCCCAGUUGUGAAUAAAGAUUGUCU